CAGUGGUGCAGAGUCCGCCCGGUUGUCUGUCUGUGACAGCAGCUUCCUGCGGGUGUCGGUGGGCGGGGAGUGGACAGCGGUGUACGCAGGAAGUGUUUCCCGCACGGAGAGGAGGUCUCCAGGGCAGCGGACGGAGCUGUGCGGCGCCGGUGACAGUGCAGGGGAUGGCGCUGGCUGGAGUACGAGUGCUGGAGUUGGCGGGGUUGGCCCCUGCCCCCUUCUGUGGUAUGAUGCUCGCAGACUUCGGGGCCAAAGUGAUCCGCGUGGACAAUGCAAAAAGUUCUUACACAACGGACUCCAUGGCCCGGGGUAAAAGAUCUAUAGCUCUGAACCUGAAAAGCUCGGCAGGGGUUGGCGUGCUGAAGAAGUUGUGUAAGCAGUCGGAUGUCCUCAUUGAGCCGUUUCGCCAUGGUGUUAUGGAGAACCUGGGACUCGGUCCUGAGGUCAUUCUCAAAGAAAAUCCGCAACUCAUUUACGCUCGGCUGACUGGGUUCGGGCAGUCGGGAAAAUACGCGAAAGCAGCGGGUCAUGACAUCAACUAUCUCUCUCUCACAGGCCUUCUAUCGAAACUUGGAAAGAAAGACGAGAACCCAAGUUUCCCCCUUAACCUGCUGGCUGACUUCGCGGGUGGCAGCUACAUAUGUGCGUUUGGCAUUGUCAUGUCUUUGUUUGAACGCACAAGAUCAGGGCAAGGACAAGUCAUUGACUCAAGCAUGGUGGAAGGAGCUUCGUAUCUGGGUUCCUUCGUGUGGAAGAGUCAGAGCUUGGGUCUGUGGAGCCGACCGCAAGGCGAAAACUUGCUGGAUGGCGGAGCCCCGUUCUACAGCACAUACAGGACCGCUGAUGGCAAAUUCAUGGCUGUGGGUGCACUGGAACCCAAGUUCUUUAAAGAGUUAUUGAAGGGCCUUCAGCUUGAUCCCGCUUACCUCUCCAAUCACAUGAGUUUUUCCGAUUGGCCUGCAUUAAAGAGAAUAUUUACGGAGAAAUUCCUGGAAAAGACGCAGGAACAAUGGUGUCAGAUCUUUGACGGCAUGGACGCAUGCGUGACACCCGUGUUGUCCUUUGACAAUGCUCCAACCCAUCAGCACAAUGAGGAACGAGGAUCUUUUAUUUCAAACGAUGAAGGGGAAGUGAGCCCACGGCCAGCUCCUGUCCUGUCCAGAACCCCCGCCGCUCCGUGUUCCGGCCGGGAUCCUUUUAUCGGGGAGCACACACAUGAAGUGCUGACAGAAUACGGCUUUAGUACUGACGAAAUUUCUGUCCUUCAGUCUUCUGAAGUAAUUACCUGUAAUAAGCCAAAAGCACAGUUAUAAUUCUAUCUGUGGGAAAUAGCAAGAGUCGCCAUUUAAUUUAUACGUAAUAUAUACUUGAAAAAAAAUAUUUUUUUUUAACCAAUUAUGUUCAAAUGCAUAUACAAAUAUAUUUUGAAAAUGUUUGAGACAAAAUAAAAAUGUAUUUUCUUUUUUGUUGAA